AUGGAGGUGCUGCCCGAGGAGUUCGUCGUCGGCCCAGCACGGCCCCCACGGAUAGUUCUCCUUAAUCCGGAGGUUAUCGUAAGCGUUUAUUUUGACCAGCAACGACUGCCGCACUCUGACGGGCUGCCAGGACCCCCACGUCGGGUUCGUUCACAGGUUUUGGCGUUUCCUUGGCUGCCGAGCCGCACGUGGCUCGGCAGCCACGACCCCCACGCCAGCAACCACCGCCAGGCCCGGAUCCCCUUCUUGAGCAGGUUAUCCCUACUCCGGCACGGCCAGACCGGCCACCACUUCCCCCACGUCGGCUUCAUUCACAGGUUUUGGACCCCCACGCCAGCAACCACCGCCAGGCCCGGAUCCCCUUCUUGUGCAGGUUAUCCACAGCCGGACCUGCAGCCGCCACCGGGCGCCCUGGCCGCCACGACCACCCCCGCCACCGGGCGCCCUGGCCGCCACGACCACCCCCGCCACCGGGCGCCCUGGCCGCCACGACCACCCCCGCCACCGGGCGCCCUGGCCGCCACGACCACCCCGCCACCGGGCGCCCUGGCCGCCACGACCACCCCCGCCACGACCACCCCCGCCACGACCACCCCCGCCACGACCACCCCCGCCACGACCACCCCCGCGGUCGCCACUCCCUCGACAGCAGUCUGGCCAUUUUUAACACAAUCAGUUUGCAUCCUUUUUCUUGGUUUUAUUCUGUCAAUAAACUAUUCAAUUUAUUAAUAUUA